AUGGCAUCUUUAUUGAAGAAGGAUUCCUAUAUCCAAAGUCUGGGAAAGAAAGUAUGCAUGCAACAAAAUACAGAGUUCCGGAAACGGAAACAAGGUGAGGACCGGCCACAAAUACACCGUGCCAUCAUUCAGUUCCCUUUCUAGGGGCUGCUCUGUGUUUUCACUACUCCCCGUGUAACCGUGCCAUUCCCACACACAUAUUGAUUGAGAUUUAUUUUAUCCUCCAAGCUCGAUGAUAGCCAGCCAUUAGCAUUCUAGCAUUACCAGGACUACGUUUCUGCUGGUGCUUAGCUAACCAGCUGGUUAGCUGUAGUUCAUCUACCAUUCCCCUAGACAACUGAAGUCUAAUAUGCCUAUUUAGCACACAAUACAAAAGCAAGCCCCUUCUUUUAACAGAAAUAAACGAAAAACAAAAAAAUAACUUUAUAAUAGUAAUAGUAAAUUGGUCCCCCUACCACAGCCUUUGCCCAAAAUACCUAAAUAUUAAAGGAACACUAGAGGGGCAGAAACACAAACAUGUACUCCUGACCUUAUAAUGUUAAAACCACCAUCUGCCCUGCCCCCCUUGCCCUCCCUAAAUAUAGUAACAUCUUAACUUUAUUCCAGGCUGCUGCUGGCUCUGCCCCUGAUCUGCCUCCUUGGCUGACAUCAUCAGAAGUGUUGCUCAAUACCAAUAACAAUGCUUUCCCUUAGGAAAGCAUUGGAUUGGCUAAGCUUGUCAAGGAGGCAGAUCAGGGGCAGAGCCAGCACAAGCCAACACAACCAAUGCAUCUCUAUGAGGAAGGUUCAGUGUCUGCAUGCAGAUGGUGGAGAAACUGAAUGUCCAUUACACUGUGCAGCACUGCCCCAGUAAGCACCUCUAGCAGCCAUCUGAGGUGUGGCCAGUGGAGGUAUUCCUAUGCUGUAAUGUAAACACUGCUUUUUCUGAAAAGACAGUGUUUACAGCAAAAAGUUUGAAGGUAAUGAUUCUACUCACCAGAACAAAUACAAUAAGCUGUAGUUGUUAUGGUGACUAUAGUGUCCCUUUAAGAACCAAACUGUGCCACAGUUUUUCAUUAUUUAUGUGUUUUUUGUUUUGUUUCUUCCUUUGUAACUCCUAGUUAACAGGGAUGACACAAGUGAACAAUCCCAGCCCAAGAAGAAGAAGAAGAAAACAAGAUCACGAAAAUCUGGUGGGAAGGCGAUACAGGACAGGGACGCACAGGGCACUGUUCCAAUUUCAUCUCUACGCGGUUCCAAAACACAGGAUUCAGGUAAGCGGCAGUGUCAUGGUAGGAAUGAAAAAUAUAUUGUGACUGCUAAUGCUUGUGAGCUACGGUUUCAAAUUUACUUUGUAGGGUGUAGGUAUUGGUGCAAUUUCCAUAGCGUAUCCAGUGAAACACAGCAUUGCAGUAAUUAUUCUAUAAUUAUUUCACUAAUACACGGCAUGCUUCACACACAAAAAAAAAGCUAAAUAUUUUAGCUUCACAAAAAAAGCAAACUUUGAUUAUUUACCUGUUUUUCUUUAAAACAGCAAAUUAGUAAACUGAAAAUUACAAGAUAAAUGUGUCAUUUUUAAAUUUAGAUUUUCAAAAGCUUAUUGAAAUAGCAAGUCACAGACAGUAAUUGCAUAAGUAAGAUAUAGCACAAGGAGUCAGCUGUAGUUGUACAGAGAUGAGACAAAGACAUCAAAUAUGUCUAGAUUUAAAAAGAAGUAAAUUGGAGGAGACCACACUCACCAGGCUACCAAGGUGCAUCGGAUCCGGGGGAAGGUCAGACCCCACGUCAAAUAUGUAAAAUAAAGUGUUGGUCCAGGCACCCAAGUAGAUAGCAAAUCAGCAGCAUUAUUGGAGCAAACAUAGAGCAAAGCAACGUUUUGACCCGACCAGGUCUUUGUCAAGCUUUAUAGAUUUAAAAAGAAAACCACAGAAUGAAAACAUACUGCAUAGAUCAGCAGUGGGUGAUAAAAAGGUGUUUUUUUUGUUACUUGGCAUCUUCUAAUUUAUGCAGAAAAUGCACAAGGAAAAAAUAUUGAAAUAUUAAAGUAUUCUGUUUAUUUCAAACUACACAAAUGUUUAAUUUCACAGCGAGCGGUGUAAUAGAAACAUAGAAAGUGACGGCAGAUAAGAACCAUUCGGCCCAUCAAGUCUGCCCAAUUUUCUAAAUACUCUCAUUAUUCCCUGGCCUUAUCUUAUAGUUAGGAUAGCCUUAUGCCUAUCCCACGCAUGCUUAAACUCCUUUACUGUGUUUACCUCUACCACUUCAGCUGGAAGGCUAUUCCAUGCAUCCACUACCCUCUCAGUAAAGCAAUACUUCCUAAUAUUAUUUUUAAACCUUGUGUUAUAAUGUGUUAAAAUAAAAUAUUCAUGAUCCAACCCUUGUCCAAACUCCAUUAAUUUAAUAAAACAGUACAAAUAUUAAUAAUUAAAUAUAAAAUAAUUGCACCACAAUGAUCAUAUGUCACAAGCCCACUUAUUUCAAAGAGGACGAUUUCUGUUUUUAAUAAAUGGUCUCAUGGUCAUCCAGGCAUUUUGCGAAGGCAACGGGGAGCCCCAUGAUUUUGUUAGUUAUCUAUAUGGUAUUAUCAAGUGAUCACAGCUGAUGUUGUGAUAGCCUGAUAGUUACUUGGGCAUAUGACCCCUCUUUCUAAAGAUGCGUCUACAUGGGAGUUCUAGAGUAAUUUGUAGGUAGCUGAACACCCUAAAAUUCACCUGUCUGUGUAACGUGUGGUAAAAAAAGUGAUUGCAAUGUUAAUGGCAGUCACCUGCCACUGACACAUUUGUGAAACCCUAGAAUCCAUAAAGUGGUACCCUCUUUUUUUCUAAAAUAGAAAAGGGUAAGUAUUUUCACUGACACAGGCAAUGGAGCUAACUUACGCUCCUCCUUGGAUCAAAGAAAGUCAGGCGUAGGAAAAAUACACAAGAGGAAGUAGUCCCUACUUUAUCUUAUGUUUUAAAGAGAACUAGAUCAGAAAUAAAGAAAAGAAGAACAGAUUCAGAGAGAGGAAGAGAAGUGGAAACAAUAGGAGAACGGUAGGGUUGGCAUGACAGUGCCACUUUGAAAACGUUGUAUAUUUGAUUCACGUUAUAGCCACAAGAUGGCGCUGCACAUACUCUAUUGUAGCAGCUCUGUAGCUGGGUUCUUUAAUCCCUUGGAAGUAGUUGUAAAAAGAAUAUUGUUAUAGCCAGUAUGUGCAAAUAAUGUGAGAUUGUGAAAUAAAACAACAAGGAACAAGCAGUUGGAUUUAAAGGGAUUAAGAGCUACAAAUGGAAAAGGGAAGUUGUGAUUGAUCAGAAUCUUGAAUUUAUAUUUAACAUUUCUUAAUAUGUUCAUUUUGCAUCGAUCAAAUGGCCAUGAGCCUUUAGUUUAGGAGGGGUCUCCGGUAUUAUUUGUGGUAUUAGGGGAUAAUUGGGCUGUCUCUGCUCUGUGCUAGUGUGUGUGCGUGUUUAUAGACGUUACACAUUUUUUUUUCCUGGAUCCUGUCUUUUUUUUCGUCCCUACAAUAAAUGCUAGUGGCUUGUGAGGGCAGACUAAUUUGAUACCUGUACAUGAGGCAGUUGAGGUACUAAGAUUUCUCCACUAUGGUUUGCUUCCUUGACAAACCGCUUCACCCCUUGGCUACCGAAGUUCCCUUUAUUAAAAAUUAAAAAAAAAAAAAGAAUUAUGGGAUAAUUAGCUAGCACAUAGUCACAGUAUAAAGCAGAAACGUCAUACAUACAUUGCUACUCAGGGAUACCACAAAAUAACAUAAUUUGACAUUUUCAAUUGAAUUUAUUUUGCCAUCAUUUUAUUAUUUACAGAAAAAGUGAGGAGAAAUGUUGUACGAGAUAGUUUGAUGUCCAUAAUCUUGCGAGGGUGCACAUUGUUCUGCUAUAUUGUAUUUAUUUUUCAGGGUUUUCAGAAUAGCUCUGUAUAUUCCGGAAUUCAUUAAGUGAAUCAGCCUUUAUUACGUCCACUGAAAGGUUGUGGCCUGUACCUUACUUUAAACCAGUAUAUUUGUACCGUACUCUGCCUCUCAACAGAUACGUUGUGUCAACCAGAAUCUCUCUCUGGCUUUUACAGAAUGGUUUCACAGUCUUCUCUGGAACAGUUUUAUAUUUCACUAGUAAAACGAGAGCAUUAUGUUUACUAGCAACUAGCAGGAGACGGUGUGUUUGAAAACAAUUCGAAACAUACACCACUGGUGACUUCACUUUUGAAUUCGACCGUUUUGGGGGCAUGGUUACAAAAUUAAAGAGCCAUAAUAUAAAAGGUUUCCCUGAACCUAUGUUAUUAUGCUGUUGUGGUUCUAAUUUUUGGUUUCCAAUAGUGAGUUGUAUUCUCUGUAUAUUUCUGGUUAUUGGAUCUCGGCUUUUUUGACCAUUCUCCAUUCUGCAAUCCUGUUACUUGGCUACUGGCUUCCCUAAUUCCUGGUUUCCAUGACUCUGCUUGUCUCUUACUAUUCUCUGUCUAUCAAACGUAAAGCCCAGCCAUUCUAAGGACCGGUAUACCUUUAAAUCUAUUACCAUUUACACUCUGCAUGUUGGGUCACUUAGUAAUCAUGACCAGAAGAAGCACACAGAUCCCUUCCAGUCCAGGAAGGACUUUUACUAAUGGGGCUCCUUGAAGGGCCCUUCACUAAUUGGGCUCCUUUUAAUUCUGGUCAAUUGAUUUGUUUCUUAUUAUCUGUCCAGCUGGGUAUUAUGGGAUAUGUAGUUUUUACCAUCAGUUGCAGAUCUUCUCAUCAGAUUACAUUUGUCAAACUUCUUAUUAAGCUGCUACCAGCCGGUUUGCAGUCAUGUCCAAAGGUUUUGUGAAUACACUGUGCGCAACAAUGUCGCAAGCCACCUGGCGAACAGCUGUGGCUUGAGAGAAGUAGAUACUUGUGCAUUAUUUAUGCGCUACACUCUGAACUUGGAUGGCAAGUAAGACUUCAGGUAUUUCUGGCAGGUAAUUCCAUUUAUAGUGGCUCUGUGCAGACACAGUCCAGGGAACUUUAUGCACCAUCACUAGCUGUAUGAUGAGAAGUUGUCCAUUUAAAGCACUAUCACUUUGUCGAUUUUGGUUUUAGAUUAGUCUCUUUUUUUUGUCCUUUUAUUUUCGCUUGUUUUUAUUUAUUUUUAAUUUUUAAAUUAACCUUAGUUAUUUUUAUAUAUAUAUAUAUAUAUAUAUAUAUAUAUAUAUAUAUAUAUAAUGUGUGUGUGUGUGUGUGUGUGUGUGUGUGUGUGUAUAUGUAUAAAAAAGUAUGGGACUACUUUUUCUUAUGGGGAGUGUGAUCUUCGGCAAUGGGCGAGUUCAGUUUCAGUUGCCAGGGUAAUCUACCCACAAUUCAUCAGUCAAGGGAAAAAAAAGAUAAUAAAUAUAAAUAAUGGCAAGGUGGUAGUAGAAUCAUUUAUAUACAUGGUAUAAGGAAAGGGAAAAAAAAAAGAAUGCCAUUUUACUAAAUGAGACUAUUUGGUUAGCUGCCCAGCCAGUUUUUAGCAUAUUUUUUUUGUACUGCUAUUGUUCUCUUCUCUUUUACUCCUUUCUCCUAACCUAAACAGCAUUAUCCAGACAACCACAAUGUUUUGUUUGUUUUGCAAUUAAACCUGCACUGUCUGAGCUAAAAUGUCAGCAAACGUCAUUCUGUACGAGUAGGGGGAGGGGAAUGUCUCUUCCCAACAAAAAAAGAUGUAAAUGAUACCUUCUAUAUUUGUGCGUGUGGAUGGGAAAUGGAAAACGGCGACUAGACAAUGCAUGAUAUUAAUACCUUCCAAUGCACACAUGGAAUAACGCACAUUAUAAGGAUUUUUUAUUUAUCAAUUGUCUGUUCAUUAAAGGGACACUAUAGGCACUUUAACAACUUGAUUUUAAUGAAGUUGUUAUAGUGUCUGCGGUCCUGCCAAGCCCCAGGGUAUCUUAAUUAUAGAUACUCCUACCAUAGCAUACCGUGCAUGUGUAGUGCCGUCAUGGCCGGCCAUGGAGAAUCAUUGUAUUCAGUGAUUCAGUAUAGCAGAAUCUUUGGCACAUCGCGGUGAGUGCCGCGCAUGCUCCUAAGGUCUGUGACGAGCAUUGGAUUGACAUGCCUUCAGGAUGACACAAUCCAAAGAGGAGGUUGUGGCAGUGCCGAGGGAGACUCAGUGCUUAAUUAAUAGUGUGUUAUUUCUUUUAUUUUAAUUUUUUGUAAUUUUUUUUUUUUUUUUUACAUUGGGAGUGGGGCCUAUCUUAUGAAGGGCAUCAGGGCUGCAGCCUUAGGAAUACAGAUAUGUAUCCCUAUCGCUACAGUGUUUCUUCAACACUACAUUUCUCUCUUGGAAAUCCCCACCACUACCUUCCCCGACAAAGCUUCACAAACAGCAAUCUGUUAUUUAAUAUACAUGAAAUGUUCUGCACGGAUUAGUGGAGCCGGGAAAACUCCAGACCAACUGUAACGGAGCUCCCUGUAACCCUGGCUGCGUACCUCCGCCACGGACCGCUUCCUAGCUGCAACAGGGGACAAAGCGCAGUACUUCUGCCCACAGUCGCCGUGGCUUGACUGGGGUCCUGGAACUGCUCCCUCCUGGAGCUGAAUGGGGAACUCGCUCUAUCCACCCCCAGGCACUGGACGACACUCAGUCCUGGUAGCUCUAGUCCUUACAAGGAAUUUCCCUGUUGAAUCUUCCACACUGGAACAGUGAUUAGUGAUUAGCCCUUUCGCCUCCCAGUAACCAGGCGACACAUAAUUCUGGAAGUACAAGCUGAAAUGUUUUAAUCUGGCCAGACGGCCUGCUUUUAUACAAUUUCAGAUAAUGUUAAGCACGCCCCUGACAUUCCCACACAAACAGGAUAAUCCCUCUCCUGGACAUGAGAGGGGACUAGUUACAAGUUACAAACUCCUCCUCUGUGCCUGAGAGAGUCAGGAGCUGAACUAAGUCAAUUAUCUCCAUGCACAGAAAAACAUACAAUAUUACAAAACCCCAAAAUCACCCUUAAAAAAAAAGACAUAAAAACCCCACAAAGUUACAUCCCCUGAUAGCCCGGAUCUGGGUGGCCAACAUAUCCAAAAACCACCCAAGUCAAGUUCGGUAGUUUAAAAACAAACAAACUACAGAACAGAAUCUAUAGUUCUACCCUGGAGCUUGUUCACCUUGUUCGUGGGAAUGUUUCCACCGAACAGUGCCCUUCUAAGUCGUAUAGAAGUGAACGCAGGUGAUGAUGGAAGUCCAGCGGUGUUCGGGAGUUUCUGUGUCCAAUUUCAGUUCCAUGAACACGACGACCAAACACCGCUGCCUUCGUUCAUGUGAACAAGAUGGCCGCCACCUCGUGGUCGUUCAUGUGAACAGUGGCCACCCAUACGAACAAUUAGAACCCUGCAGUGGAACGUGUUACAAACUAUCAAUUAGGCUUAACAUGCUCCCAGGUGGUCCAUGGAGAAAGGGCACGAACCAAGCCAGUUAACUAGUCUUUUACAGGUUUCUCUGCAGGGCCCACAGUGUGUGGGCAGCAGGCUGGCAAGCAAGCUCCUCCAGAAGCUUGUGAAAAAACUCACGUGGGAAGGGGAGUUUGUCACACUAACUGUCCCUCCUCCGUCUCCACACCUGCUACAAUCCCAUCUCAAGAACAGCUUUUUUAAAUCGCUUUUCACCUAUUGCUCUUUGUUUUUGUUUUUAUCCCAUAGUGUCCUCCUCUCCUCCAUGUGUUCUAUCAACUAAUUUCCCUUCUUUUCUCUCCCCUGUCUUCUCUCUCAAGCCAUUUACCUUCUGUAUCACUUCCACCCUUUUCUCUUGUUUAAUUAAAUAUCCUGGUUUAAAAGUCUAUCCUGCCAGACAGCCAACCAGGGAAGAGUGCUCAAUUAUUUUGCACAGGCAGAAAGGCAUUCCAUUAAUAUAAAAUAGUGUGAGAGCAUUUAAAGGAUCACUAUAGGGUCAGGAACACAAACAUGUAUUUCUGACCCUAUACUGUUAAAACCACCAUCUAGCCCCCCCCUCUGGCAUCCCUAAUUAUAGUAAAAUCUUACUUGUAUUCAAGUCUGCAGCUGCUGGCUCUGCCCCUCUCUUCCUAAGACAUGCCCCUGUCUGCUGACCUAAUCAGAAGUGGUAGUCUGAACCAAUCACAAUGCUUCCCCAUAGGAUUGGCUGAGACUGGAGGCAGAUCAGGGGCAGAGCCAGCACAAGUCAAACACAGCACUGGCCAAUCCGCCUCUCCUCAUAAAGAUGAAUUGAAUCAAUGCAUCUCUAUGAGGAAAGUUCAGUGUCUGCAUGCAGAGGGUGGAGAUGAAUGACAGUGCUGCUUACUCUGCAGCACUUCCCCAGGAGGCACCUCUGUCAGCCAUCUGAGGAGUGGCCAGUGGAGUUAUCACUAGGCUGUAAGGUAAACACUGCAUUUUCUCUGAAAAGACAGUGUUUACAUUAAAAAAGCCUGAAGGUAAAGAGUCUACUCACCAGAACAAAUACCAUAAGCUGUAGUUUUUCUGGUGACUAUAGUGUCCCUUUAAUGAUGCACUGUUAGGUGAUGUCUCUGAUGACUCCAGAAGCCGCAAGCCAGAAAAGUAAACCCUCUAUAAAUAGGCAAAUUCCAGUGGAAUCGGGACAGUUAGUAGGUGUGAUUUAUGUUUAUUUUAGCAAAAGACUUGUAUUCCUGUUUACAUUUCAAGCAGAAACAUUACAAAAACAUGACAUGGAAAAAGCAUUUAUUAUUAUUACUAUCAUCAUUUAUAUUAAUAUUAUUAUUAUUAUUAUUAUUAUUAUUGCCAUUUAUAUAGCGCCAACAGAUUCCGUAGCGCCUUACAAUAUUAUGAGAGGGGGGAAUUUAACUAUAAAUAGGACAAGUACAGGAACGAUAGGUUGAAAAGGGACCCUGCUCAAACGAGCUUACAGUCUAUAGGAAAUAUUAUGCCAACAUUCUUGCUAUUAGCUAUUCUGGAACUCACAGAGGAUGAUAUGGUCAGUCACAGAAUGAAGGGAACGAGAACAGGUGUGUUUGUGUAUUAAAGAGGAAAUAUAAUGAGGGGUGGAAUAGUUCAGGACUGUGUUAGUAUAGAGUAGGUGCUCAAUAUAAUCUACAGAUAAGGCAGCGAUAAAUAAUACAGGGAUUCCCCAAUUUGUUACAAUACACAAUCAGAAAAAAAAAAAGACUGUGCCAAAAGAUAAUAAAAUGAACCCUUUUAUUAGUAGUACAUAAAACAUAUACAUGCAUAGAUCAAAGAACCUCUUUUAUAUAGUGAUGAAUGACUCAAAGAGAAGAUAAAUAGACAAAUAAUAGUGCAAUAUGUUACAACAAUGAAUAAGUUAUAAACUCUAUGACAAAGGCUCACUCACACCUUUUAGAGCUACUAAGAGCUCUGCUGUAGUCAGCGUUUAAGGUGCAAUCCCCGUCUCGGGAUAUAUAGUGGUCAGCAGUGAUAAUAUUCCUCCGAUAAUGGGACAAUCUGUGGAGGUAUAAACAAGAGAAUUUCAAUGGAACAGUAUGUAAAAAAUAUUUGUUAAAGGUAAGUAUCCUACUUACAUAGAGCAGAUCAUACCUGCUCUAGUGUAAUGGAGGUCUAGUGGUGUAGAUGUGUAGAACCAGGAAGCCAAAUUAAAUAAAUACAGUAAUAUAUAAAAAACAAAAAACUCCAAUUAAAAUGAAAUAAGAAUAAUGCUAUUGAAAUGAAAACAAAAAAAAAAUUAAAAAGCAGAAACAAUCAAAACAAAAUAAAAAUAAAAAUCAAGAAUCGUAAUAAAAUCCAAUCUAUGUUACACCUUACGUGUUUCACCAUGGUGUUUUAUCAGAAGUAUGGUAUCCUCUUGGAUGGUCGUUUUCAUCACUACAUAAAGAGAGCCUCUUUGAUCUGUGUAUGUAUAUGUUUUUACGACCUACUUCACAUAAGGGCUCAUUUUAUUAUUAUGUUUUGACGAGGUUUAUCUAUUUAUUCUGUUUUAUUAUGUAAGUUGGUGCCAGCCCUUUGAUUUGGCACCUGAAGGAAACGGGAAGCCAGCCUGAGGACUGGCCAAGUGAACGGUGAGUUAUGAUAAUAUCCCUGGCACAUUACAAAUUGAAAAUAGGGUAUCUGGAAGAGGACUGAGGUUAAUAUCUCAUUAACCCAACGUUGUCUGUCUGUCAGGCUUACCAUGUAAGUAAGGUGAUGCCCAACGGCUGCACACAUCCUAUGAGAUAAUUUAUCAAAUAAUAAAUGGUGUUCCAUGCUCAGGUUAUGGCAAACCCUCUUAGAAUACAUCCAAAUGCAGCAGACGUGUCAGAACGAGCACAACACUACACAAGUAAAGACCACAAACUGGCAAAUAGAUCAUAAGCGGCCGAGUGCUUUAAAGGAUGCCAAAAUAUGACUGGCGGCGUCCAAACUUGGCACCUUAAAUGAGCAACAUGCGUCAAUAAAAGAUGAGUUUUAAGCGCCCGGCAUCUAGCAUGCUAACGACAGGAGGAAGACGCCGAAUGUGCAGCAAUCACAGUUAUUCACUAGACAGAAAUGCACAGGGUGAUUGGAAAUUCGAGGCCAAUGUAGCUGAGCUGAAAUCAUUAAUGACUUGGGAGGAUUUUCUAAAUUUAGGUUGGUUUUUUUUACCCAGAUUUCUGCAGUUCCUUGAUGAAAUCCUGACAAAUCACAGCCAAGUCAGUGACCCAGUAUGGGUUUUUUUUGUUUUAUGAUAUUUUACUUCCUAAAGUUCUUGUGCCACACUUUUUUGGUUUAGCCGUCAGAACAUUUUCUGCUUAAUCAUCAUCUGUACCUGCUGUGCAACUUGUUUGAGAUGAGAAGUAAGCCAGCUGUCAAGUUAGCAGACGUGGCCUUAUUCAAUAAACAAUGAGUUGUAAUGAAUCAGAAGAAUCAUAGAAUUCUUUUCUUUCUUUGUGCAAAUAACAAAAAUGUGACCCAUCCACCUGAAAUAUAUUGUGCAAUCGCUUCCAAAAAAAACAAAUGUUUCACAUAUGAUGAUCUUAUCCUGACAGCUCGGUGACGCCUGCCUCUGACAGUGGUUGCUUCUGAUACUCAAGUUGUAAUCAAAGGAUUUAAAAAUGUGUUUAACUGGGAAUAUGUACAUGUUUCUUUGGGCAUGCUCUUCAUAAUCCAUGCGUGACAUCUGAUUUUGAUGUCUGCAGACUAUUUUGUACCUGUAAAUCCAUUGUCAAGUCACGCAGGUCCUCUUAGCGUUACCAGCUGCAAGAAACACCUUACUUUUAUUGUAUUUUUUUACACAUAAGUGUCUUUCACUUAAUACAAGUGGGCUCUGUAUAGUGUAAGUACAAUCAAAACAAGGUUAUUUAUUAACAUUAACAUUUUUCCAAGUCACAUAUGUCAUUGUCCUUAUCCUCGGGUGAUAAAAUCUUGGUUUGAGCAAGUAUGAUCUUAUUUGUUUUGCUAUAUCAAUGAAGAGGCAGCAUUAUCAAUCAUCUAUUGGGAUGGAACGUCUGAAUGGACAAGCCUUCUCAGCAAAUAUUUUAUUCAAACUUUGUUCAUUGUCAUAGCUAUUUGUAUUGUAUUUAUUUGAUCAAGUGUAAACAGUCAGUUUUAUUAGAUAUAAUAAAUCUCAGAGAUAGCGAAUCUUUAAGAGACUGGAGGGACGUGGAACUGUUAAACCCCCCCUCCUCCCCCCACCACCACAAACUUUGAAUAUACAUCUUCUGAAUGGUAGUGAAUUCUAAACUCAAUUGCAAACCUGAGUCGUUUCCAGUUUACAAUUCUCCUUCAUUCAUUGUUUAGUGAAUAUUUUGUUUUGUAUUUUUUCCCCAAUGAUCUCUAGGUUGGGAUCUAUCUUAAAGCAAUAGAGGACUUGACAUAGCUCAUGGGAGGUACUAUAAUAACCCACUGAGUUAUAUAAAGCAAGGAAUUGUUGUGGGGAGUAGGUUAUGAGAGGUUUUUCUUGGGAAAAAAAAAAUCUAGGAUUUGACUUAUCGCUAGGAUUCCACCUGGAGACUUUAACUUGUUCUUCAACAGUAAACUACUGAACCUUUUAAACCAGUGUUCCCAAACCCAGUCUUCAGGGACCACCAACAGUCCAGAUCUUGUCAGUAUCUCCAUUGGUAUAAAACAGGGACACACAUAAAUCCUGGACUGUUGGUGGUCCAUGAGGACUGGGUUGGGGAACACUGUUUUAAUACACUGUCGCACAUUUUCUUGGGCAUGCUGACCGUUAAAUUUGCCUUCAUUAUUGCUCUCACUUUGUCGAUAAGAGUAGGAGAAAUGUAGGUCCUUCCCAUUGGCCCUUCUUUUUCAUAUGGGUAAUGGCCUUGGGGACCUCGAUCUCGGUAUAAGGCAGCCCAAAAUCCCAGUCUUGUUUGUGCAUGUGGUAGACAAUACAUGUAGUAGUAUGGUAAGUCAUUAGAAGCGUAAAUAAUAGAAGUGGUAAUUCAAGAGUGCCUACCUUUCAGCUGAGUCUUCCCAUCUUGCCCGUGCCGGAUCAGAUGGGAGAACUCCAGGGAGCUACUCUUGGGCAGUAUGGAUGGUGAAAUGCACGCACUGGCUAUAUUGCGUUGCCCUGCGAAUGUGAUGCUCUCUGUGGAUGUGCAGAACUUUGAAUAUGGUACUGCCUUUAAUUCUAGGAAAUUAGAAAUUCACUGUUGGUAAAAAAAAAUUUUUUAUCAUGCAGAAUCUUGGAAGACAAAUUGGAUGACAUUUAUUAUUAUGGCAAAUUCAACUUUUCUUUCUAUUAUCCUCCGGUAAAUAGUCCUACAAAUUGUAUGUCCUAGUUGCAAGAAUAAUUAAAUUAAUAAGUUCCAUUCUCUGGACUUGAAUAGAUGUUUUAUGAUUUACUUGGAGUGAACCAAACCAUGGAAGGUCCAUUAGAACCUUAUUUUGGCAUUCCCAUAGAACAAAAGAAAAUAAUAACAGUAGCUUGAUGGAUAACUUCAGAUCGCUCUACUGUUCAGUUAGGACCAGGUGUCGUCUUCCAUCAGAUAGGCAAUCCCAUUCUCUCAGAGCUGUAACAACUUCAUGGACCUAAAGUUCUACGGCUACACCUGAUUCAAUCAGAUGUUGUCCAGAUGCCUUCAGCUUUCGUAUAUCUCACUAUGCGUGGUGCCAGAAAAUGUGAUAUGACAGCAUUCUUAUGUGGCAAUUUCCUUUAUUUUUUCACUCUCUGGCCUUAGGCAACAUUUAUUAUAUUGUCACCCAGUUGGGGGAUGUUCGUUAUAACUUUUUCUUUUUCUUAAUCUGAGCUAAGGAAUAGCUGCCAACAUGAAUCUUUUUUUUUUUUAUUUUAUUUUUUUUUUUUGCUGAGGCGAGAUGAUGGGUUAACAAAAUAGCUAGAAUUAAAUCUAAAGAAAGAUAGGAUGAAAAUUGAUGAUUUAGUCACAUUACUGCUGGAUCAUCCUCAAUGAGGAAUGUUGUAAAAUAUGUCUAAAUCCCCACUUUACAUUUACAGUGUUCUUAUAUGACACAAUACACAGCUUCGUAAUAGCAUAGUAGAAAAAUCCUAUAAUUUUGGUAAAUUUGUGACCGUGAUUGACACUUCUACAUCUUCUUAGUAUUACACCCCUUAGUAUUUGUCAUCAACACUAAUUAUAUGAUGAUGGACCUUUUACACUAAGGGAGUCGUGUGCUAAUAAAGUGUAAAUAUAAUCCUAAACGUUAAAGUGAACCUGUUUGUCAUCAACACAAUGGUGUGACACAUUCACACUCAGAUAGGUAUAGAUUUAGUCUGAACCAUGUUUGGGAAGUAUAUAGAUUAAAACUGGAACUGGCCAAAGGAAGAUCCCGAACUGUUAAACUGUAGCUGAAAAUUUCCACUUGUCUAUUAGCCAUUGGCGAGUAGAAAUUUACCCCCGGUGUCUGUGCCAUGGAUCCUCCAGGCUUUCAGUGGCAAGUCAUUUUUAGGCCUGUGUAGAAGCAUAGGCAUUGACAUUCGGAGCCCUGGUUUAACUACAACUCCCAUGAUGCCUUGCUAGCCUGAAGUAUAAACUGAUGGGCAUCUACCUAAUUGGUUAAAUGAUUAUUGUAAAAAGGUUACUUGAUGAGUGUUGACUGCCACCGUCCUCCAGUCAAAGCAUUGUGCCAGGAGCUGGUUGGAGUGAAUGCGCACGCAGUCACCCUACCCCCAAAUGAUACAAAUACAUAUACAAGUAUUCAGUUUACAGUGAGCACUCUGAAUCAGAUAGUAUAUCAUUAUGUCAGAUUUAUAUGUAGGCAUUCUACAGUCUAGGGUAUGCGUAGGUUUUAAGGAAUCUUUAGGUCUCAUGAUCUUGCAUUUAUUAGUUAGUGACAGAACCUGAUUACAUUAAAGGGACACUAAAGUUGCAGUAUCGGUGUCAGUUUAACCCUGCAAUGGUAAUUAUUUUAGUUAUUGAUAAAUUGCAAUAAUUGCAUUGCAGGGUUAACUCCACCUCUAUUGGCUUUCUACAAGACAGUCACAAGAGGCGCUUCUGGGUUGUUAGACGACUUUUGGUCUCCUAACUGACGCUGGACGUUCUUACGCUCCGCAUGAGGACAUCCAACGUUACCUAAAACCCUAUAGGAAAUGAUUGAUUCAAUGCUUUCCUAUGAGGUUGUCCAAAUGUGAUUGCUGUCUGGGGAGGAGGAGCGGAGGCAGAGCCUGGCCCAGUGCUGAGGGAUAUCGAUGCUGGUUUCAGGUAAAGUGAAUUAGGCGAUUUUAACCCUUUCUGCACGGUGUGGGGAAGUGCGAGGGGGGCACUAUAAUGCUUGGGAUACAAUUUUGGAUUCCUAGCCUAUAGGUUUCCUUUAAGGUAAUGCAUGUUUAAUAUGUGAUCUUUUAUUACCAUUUUCUUGGCUCUGUGACCAUUAAUUUGUGUAAUAAACCCCUGAAACCUGGCAGCUCGAAGCACAGAAAUACCAAUUUUAGCUGCCUGUAAGGAUAAGGGUAUGCUCUACCCCCAUGUUUAAUAGCAGGACAUAGGUUUUUGGAGUAUUUACCAACCUUUCAGUACACAUACACAGGUGUGCACUUUAGGAGUAGGUUUACUUUACGUUUUGUGUACACUGGGUGUUUUUAAGACUCCUUUGUUGCCUAAUAAAAAUUAACUAAUACGGUUUUAGCCUUAUUCUUGUUCCCAUUCAGACGUAUUGCGUGGUAUGGAUUCUAUUUCUCACUCCUGUGUUUGGUCUCAGAUUACUGUGGGUUAUCCUUAAUUUCGUAUCUAAGGUUUCAAUCGGCUAAUCUUUUUAGUCCGUUUUUGUUCUAUUCUAUAAAUAUUUAAGACAACGUAAACACAUGUCAUAGUGUUGCAGAAAUCGCCAGAUAUGGCAAACAAAGGCUAGAACUCCUUAACAAAGCUCACAGCAGUGCCAUGCGUCAUAUACACCCUGUUCCAAAUUAUUAUGCAACUGAUAUUUUUCUCAUUUACUUAAAUAAUUGAUGUAAAUAACAGUCAGCAUAAUUCUCAUGUUAUCAACUAUUAAGAGUACAAUUUAAAUUUUAUUGAACAAACCUCCUAACGGUAACAGUAUUUUUUUUAAACAUAAAAAACUUACAAGGCACUGUUCCAAAUUAUUACGCACAGUAAGUUUCAAAACACCUUAUAGGUUGCAAAGAACUGAAAAUUGUCAUUUGUUGUGUUUGCAGCAUAUUUACUGAAAUCAAAAGCUAUUACAAUCAAACUUAUAACAACAUUUUAACUUUUUAAACAUUUUAACAGGCCACGUUGCAUUUUAACAUAGGACCCCUUAUUUGAUAGCAGCUUCACAAGUCUUGCAUCCAUUGAACUUGUGAGUUUUUGGACAGUUUCUGCUUGAAUUUGUUUGCAAGAUGUCAGAAUAGCCUCCCAGAGCUGCUGUUUGGAUGUAAACUGCCUCCCACCCUCAUAGAUCUUUUGCUUGAGGAUGCUCCAAAGGUUCUCAAUAGGAUUGAGGUCAGGGGAGGAUGGAGGCCACACCAUGACUUUCUCACCUUUUAUCCCCAUAGCAGCCAUUGAUGCAGAGGUAUUCUUUGCAGCAUGAGAUGGUGCAUUGUCAUGCAUGAAGAUGAUUUUAUUACGAAAAGCAUAGUUCUUCCUUCUGUACCAGGGAAGAAAGUAGUCAGUCAGAAACUCCACAUACUUUGCAGAGGUCAUCUUUACACCUUCGGGGACCCUAAAGGGGCCGACCAGCUCUCUUCCCAUGAUUCCGGCCCAAAACAUAACUCCACCACCACCUUGCUGAUGUCACAGCCUUGUUGGAACAGGGUGGCCGUCCACCACCAUUCACUACUCCAUCCAUCUGGACCAUCCAUGGUUGCACGGCAAUCAACAGGACUGUUUGAAAAUUAGUCUUCAUGUAUUUUUCUGCCCAAUGCAGCCAUUUCUGCUUGUGAGCACCAUGGCUUGUGAGCCGAAUAGAAGGUUUAUGCACAGUUGCAAGACUCUGGAGGACUCUACACCUUGAUGUCUGUGGGACUCCAGAGGCACCAGCAGCUUCAAAUAUCUGUUUGCUGCUAUGUAAUGGUAUUUUAGCAGCUGAUGAAGGAUGGUGAAUUGAAAAGUGUCAAUAUCCAUCAGUUGGGGACACACAAUUCUAUUCCAUGUAUAGAUUGUUUUUGGAGUUUAAAGCCGACAAAAAGCUAUACCGAUUGUCCAUUAUUUGUACAUUUUGUUUUUCCACAUUGGAGGAUAUUUAUUAAAAUGUCAUGUUCUGAAAAAUGGUGCAAUUGCGAUGAAAACCAAUGGCAUCAACAGGAACAUUCCAUUGAUGAUCAUUCCACCUCAACACUUUUGUGUACCAAUUUUCCGGACACUUCGAUAAAUCUCUCACCAGUCUUCUAUUUAAAAGUUGUGUUUCCAAGUCUCAGGAUAAAUGUCUCUCCACACACCUAGUACCCGUAUAUAGGACCUUUCCAGCCGUUGAAUUGUAAAUGUGCAUUUUGACAGAAUUGAAAUUUCUGUUCAUUUUGAUUUUGUUCUCUUUGUCUGUGUCAAAGCUGUUGGACUUGUUUAGCCACAUUAUUUUGAAAAAAGAUCAUUCACUGAAUUGGCAUAAGAAUCUAGUUUUGGGUGCCAACCAAAUGUUAGAUAACCACUGCCGUAAAUUGUAUUGGUUGUGGUGCUUUGCCUUGUUGAAAGUGAAUUGUUGUGUGCACUUGUUCCGGCUGCUGUAGAACAUAGUAUUCACAACAGCUCAUUGUAGUGGUUAUAGUGCAGAGAAUCUGUUGGCACCUCCCCCCGUUUGUGUUAAACUACUUUCGAUAGAGUUGACAAAAAUCUUGGUUCUCCUGGUACCUCGUUAUCUUGACAUUUUCUACCCGCUGUACCUGUUACUAUUGACUUUGCUCCUCUAACAUAGGCAUGUUUUAGAAAUCAAGACAGGUGGGUGAUUUUUCAGACAAUGUACAGCCAGCAUUACAUGUCACUGUCGUACAGCAUUCAUGGCUUGGUCAUGAUAGACUUGUUAUAAAAUUCUUAAAGCGAUUCAGAUACAUCUAGUGGUAAGGUUACAAAGGUUCUGCAUCUCUGUGCCUUUUUUUGUUUGUUUGUAACAAAUAUUGGUUUGCUGUUGACAUCAGAAAUGAUAUCAGCACAUGUUACAUAAUGUAAUUAUUAUGGCCUAAUUCAAUAAACUGGCAACUGGAGAUAAUUGACAAAGGAAAACGAACUUUACACCAAAAUGGCUGAUUGAUUUAAACCCCCCCCCCAAAAAAAACCUCUUUAAGUUGGAUAUUUUUCCUAUUUGGCAAUUUUGCCCUUAAAUGUUCAGUUCUAAAUAAACCCAUUUUUUUUUCUCCAUGAUGGCCCGUCUUUUUUAAGGUAAUUGUGAAAUUAUUGUGUUAGAUAUGUUAUAAGUUUUCAACACAUUAUUGUAUUCCUACAGCUUUAUGGACCACAAAGAGCUCAUUCUCCACCGUGGAUGUUUUACGGAAACGUCUGCAGGAAAAGAUACAGGAAUCCCGUGGUCAGGUAAGGAUCCAAAAUUAGCACCUGGUCUUAGGGUGUUUAUAAAAACUGAAUUGAAAUGGGGGUAUCUAGCACAGAGGUUUGGCCAGCAGAGAAUUGUGGGAAAUGUCCAAACUUUUUUAGAGAGGUUCUCUAGUCAAUACAAUCCUGGAUUGGUGAGUCCAAUCUCUAAACAGUUGUAAAGGCACGCGGAGCUGCCUGUCCAUCGUUCAGGCCAGCCCAAUGAAAGCAGACCCUUUGGGGUGCAUUGUUUCAGUGUUGUCUGCUGAGUCCUAGAGCUCUGAACAUAGCACUAGCGCAUCUGUCUCUGGUGUCCCCAAAUGUUGGGACAGCUUGCCAGGACCUGAAAAUUGGGACUAGUUGGGAGGCUUGCUAGCUGUGUGAACACAUGAGGUGAAGGGUUAUGCUUGGAGUCCAGCUUACAACAUAGAAAACCAUCAUGCUAGUUCAUAACCAUGGUAUAAUAAAUAAUUUUCUUUUUCAAUUUCUCAAUUUUAGAAGUUUGAUAGUCCAUCUUUUUUUGUCCCCUUCAAAUGCAGGUUUCUACCAAAGGUCUUUCCCCAGAGGAGGCCGAAAAGAGACGACAGCGGAGAAAGCAGGAGAGGGAGCGGAAAAAAAGAAAAAGGAGGGAGCUGAAAAAGAAAGCAGCAGAAACUAUAGAAGAAGUUGGGAGUGCUGAUGUUAAGCAACCUGAAGUAGUUAAAAUAAAUGACUCCGUGCCGCUGGUCUUUAACAAGGUGGAGGUUCAUGACGAACCGCUUAAUAAACCACUGAAAAAGAAAGAGAAAAAAGAAUGUUUGAAAGGCAACAUAACCCCGAUGACGGGAAAGAAUUAUAAACAACUGCUUAGCCGCCUGGAGUUGAGAAAUAACAAACUGGAGGAACUGAGGGCAAAGGAUGAAAGCAAAGCCUUGGAACUAGAGUCCAAGAUCAAAUGGACCAAUGUUCUGUACAAGGCUGAAGGGGUGAAGAUCAAGGAUGAUGAGGGAAUGCUGAAGAAGGCCCUGAAGCGCAAGGAGAAACAACGGGACCAGAGGAAGAGGCUCUGGGAUAAGCGAACCGAGCACACUGCUGAGCGUAUGCAGAAGAGGCAGGACAAGAGACGUCGCAAUAUUCAAAAGAAAAAGUUAGGCAAAGUGAAUUCAAAGAAAGAUAGAGCCAGGAAGAAAGGGCGUGUCAUGCCAGAAGACCUUGCCAAAUCUAAUCUUAAGUGA